AUGAACACCACUUCACUGCUCUCUCUCUCCUUCCUCCUCCUCCUCGUCUUCUUGGGCACUGUCUCCGCCAGGAGCAGGGGACAAUCAGAACAUGGCUUUAGCCAAGAAGACCAGGCUCAGUGCCAACUUCAGAGGCUCAAUGCCCAAGAACCCACCUUUAGAAUCCAGGCUGAGGCCGGCGAGUCCGAGUUCUGGGACUGGAAGGAUGAUCAGUUCCGCUGCGCAGGAGUUGUUGCCGCCAGGCACACUAUUAACCCACGCGGACUCUUCUUGCCUUCUUACACCAACGCUCCUCUCCUCAUGUACAUUCUCAAAGGUAACGGUAUGUCUGGAGUUUUGAUGCCUGGAUGCCCAGAAACAUUCCAAUCAUCUCAGGAAUCCCAAGAAGAGAAAUCUACUAGGUUCCACGACCAACACCAGAAGAUCCGACGAUUCCGACAAGGAGACGUCAUUGCCAUCGGCGCCGGAUGGACCCACUGGUGCUACAACGACGGUAACGAGGAUGUCGUAGCCAUAGUCGUUGAGGAUACCGGCAAUAACCUAAAUCAGCUCGAUCAAAACCCACGCAAAUUCUUCCUGGCUGGAAACCCACAACAAGGGGCAGAACAACACCACCAGGCCCACCAGACAGGCGAGAAGCAGAACGCCGGCAACGUCUUCCAUGGAAUCGAGGAGGAAUUUCUGGUUCAGAUUUUCGGAAUCGACAGAGAGACAGCCAGGAAGCUUCGCGGAGAAGACGAUAAGAGAGGUCACAUUGUCCGCGUGGAACAGGGCUUUCAAGUCAUCAGCCCACCCUCCAGGAGGGAGGAGCAAGAAAGAAGAUCCAACGACGACAACGGCUUGGAAGAAACCAUUUGCUCUACCAAGUUGAUCGAGAACAUCAAUGACCCUUCCCGCGCCGACAUCUUCAACCCACAGGCCGGCAGGUUCAAUACCCUAACCAGCUACGACCUACCCAUUCUCAAAUCCUUGAAAUUGAGCGCAGAGAGAGGAGUUCUUUACAGGAACGCACUGGUGAGUCCUCACUAUAAGCUAAACGCACACAGCAUUCUAUACUGUACGAGAGGAGACGCCAAGAUUCAGAUAAGUGACCAGAGCGGCAGCUGCGUGUUCGACGAGGUGGUCCGUGAAGGACAGAUGGUGGUGGUCCCGCAGAACUUCGUGAUUGUUAAAGAAGCCGGUGAACAGGGAUUCGAAUGGGUUGCCUUCAGGACCAACGACGUCGCCAUGCAAGGAACCCUAGCAGGACGGACGUCGGCCCUUCGCGGCCUUCCCGCCGACGUGGUUGCGGCUUCUUACCGUGUUUCAAGGGAACAAGCCAUGAGAUUGAAGACCAACCGGGAGCAGACUUUGAUCUUUGAGUCCAGAUCGUUGGUUGACAAUGAUUCUCCUUGUUCGAAUAAGGAAGGAGAUGAACUCGUUCCAUUCUGGUUUAGGCUUGUGAUUGCUGCUAAUCGGAUGGCUGAUUAG